CAUUCAGCAGUUUAAUCGCGACUUUCAUCACCUAAGCUGUGAUUUAUGAUCGGUCACGAGAUUUCUAUAAUAAAAUAUAUAGAUCCCGAUAAUAAUUUAUUGCAUAUAUUCGAAAAAAAAUUGACUUUCGAGAUUAUAAGUAGAUACUCGGAGGCAGUUACAAUCACAAAAUGUAUUCAUGUGCCAUAAAUGAGUUUACAUUCUAAUAUUUUCUUUUAUGCGAUUACAAUUAGCAAAUUUCCCAAUCAAAAUAAAGCGAGGAAAGCACAAUGACAUUUACUGAGUGGGCUGCCAGAUUCAAUUUGUACAUUCUAAAUAAUUUAGCUGCAGCUAUAUUUAUAUAUUUGGGUGUCUAAAAACGAUAUAAAAAGGACAUAAACUAAUUUGUUGUACAAGUGUGGUGACAAAAGUAUUAUUUGUAACUCAGUUUGCUUAAAUGAAAAAAACAACUAAAUUUGCUGUCUGUUAGUUGACAAUAAUAUACGUUAAAUAUUAAUAAACUUUAAUUGGAAAUGCUUAUUCGAAACACGGUCGUGUAAUGUUUUCCAGUAAGUAAGUCGGGCAUAUUUUAAUACAUUUUACGAAACCUCGUAUAUUUGUCACAAUAUGUUCUCCCAAAAACGGUGAUAUAUAAAUCUGUUCUCUAAUCGCCAAGUCCCGUCGUAAAUCACGUAUUACUCAUAUCUCCGAAUUCGCAAACCUCUGCUGAAUGCGCCCGUUUGAUUAAGCCACGCAAUCUGACACAUAAACACGGCCUACGUUUCAAGUCGAACAAGAUCGCAUAGACACUCGAAAGUACACACAACAACGCACAUAUGUACAUUACGUAUGUAUAAAUCACAGGUAUGACGACUGAGUUAACUGGCGAACCUGCUGAAUUAUUGAACAGUGUUUUGUUUUUGGCGAACAGCACUGGCAAUGAAAUUGCAAAUGCUCAUGGAAAUAUUGUAGAACCGGCGUCUAAUUGGCUCCAAGAGUUGUACGUUUCGCUUAUCGCGUCUGCUGUCCUCUUGUUUGUUCUUGUUCUUGUUUUCAUUUCACCGACGAUAAUAAAGACACGCACCCACCCACGAGCUGGAAAGAUAUGGAGGUGCUCCUUGGUCGGCGUCUCUGAAAUCCAGGUGUGUGUUUGCAUACGAAUUUUGGCAGCCAACGAAAAUGAACCAGCACCCGCCAGCUGACACCUUCGGUUUUUUUUUCUGCUGCUUUAUCGGUGGGUCUUUUGUAUUUAUAUUCACAUUUUUUAAGUGGUUACAUUUUGUUUAUUCUGGAGGAAGUCAGGCGCCCGGAGAGCCCCGGCAAACUGGUUCCAUUUGACAGGCCAAGUUAUUAUUAACAUUAACCAGAUUUGUAUUUGUUUAAGGCCAAAAAAGGAGGCACUUUCCAUCUCGACUUGUUUGAUUUCCCUGAGUUCAGCUAUAUGGAAUAUUAUUGCAAACAUUUUUUGUUUAUUUUUGUUGGCUUUCAGUUUCAUAAGCAUGAUGCUCCCCGUGUACCAUAUGUUCUCUAUAAAAAGUUGCUCAAAGAUAUCAAAAACAAUUUUAGUACUCUGUUUAUUUGUUCAAUAGUUUUGCGAGCAGGUGAAAAAACUGGUGCUUGCACCUUACAAACUGUUUUUAUAGUUUCUAGGAGAAAGUAUUUCCCAUUAAAACUUAGUUACUGUAGACUACUUUGCCCAAUUUAUCUAUAACAUAAAGAAAGAAUACAGAUGUGCUUCCCGCCUCAUCGGGGAUGCAGUUCCUCCUACUGUUGCUGCUGAGCUUCUCAUCUGCUUAUUCAAAUAAAGGGCAGGAGGAGCUUCAGAGGAACCUCUACAUAACGGACAAUUAUCACCAGAAUGUGGUGUCCAUACGGACGCGCAAACACAUUCGCCAUUGGGGUGACAAUCACUUCUGCGCCGGCUCCCUCCUCUCCGCCUGGUGGGUCGUCACCUCCAGCUGUUGUGUGAGCACCGUGCCGGAGAGCACGCCCAACAAGUCGAAUAGUCGGAAGAAUCUAAGGGUUGUGGUCUUCACACCCAGACGAUUGAAGAAGCCCUCGCCAAAAGACGUAUUUCACAUUCAGAAGAUUGUAUUGGAGGAGAACCCCUUGGGUGAGUGCUCCCAAUUGGCACUGCUGAAGCUGGAUCGCGGCGUUACUGGUCAAAGGUUGGCCAUGAUGCUGCCGGAUAAGGAGUUAAACAGCACUUGGCUAUGCAGCUCUCUCGGAUGGGGCAGGAUUUACUACGACGGACCCUACUCAAGCGAGCUGCUCCAAAUCAGAACCCAGAAAAUUUCGAGCUAUAGCUGCAAGCCAGCCUGCAACAGCUGCCUGUGCAUGGGUAGCUAUACGGGCAGGGGCAAUAUGUGUCAGCAGGACUUGGGCAGUCCACUCUACUGCGAUCGCUUCCUGUACGGCGUGGCGCGUCGAGUGCAAAGUUGCGAGGCUGAGGGCUUCAUGGUGUACACCAAUAUCUACCGCAAACGCAAAUUCAUCGAGGACACGUUGAGUGGGACACACUCGCAAAAGAACUCCUAUGCUUUCGUCUACUUCCUUGUGGAACUGGCGCUAGCUUCUUUUUUGGUAGUUUCAUCUGCAUGGACAUGUUGAUAUUUCAAACAGCAAACCGUAGGAUACAUUGUAUAUAUUUAAGGGUAUAUACAAAAGGGAAACGGUCUACCAGUUAGUGCAAAAUGUGUACAUUGAAGUACUGACUCAUUCUUUAAAUAGUUUCUUCGAGACAACUACGUCAAUAAGCUGUGUUACCACCUACACAUACUCUAGUCAGAGGAUAUUGACCCACAAUAUGGUUUUUUUGGAGCAUUGUGUCCGUGGAUUCGAGUGACUUUCCGUUUGUGGAUUGGAUCUUGACUUACUACUCGUUUAAGUUUAAGUUCAGGGUCGUGUGUGCGUGUGUUUAAUCACCCGACUUGUCUUCCCCAUUCAUCAGUUGAUGAUCGCUGAUCGCUGAUCGAUUGCCAAAAGUAGCAGCAGACACCGCCCCCUCUCCCCUCCCACCUGACCGCCCGCCCGCUUCCACUCUUCUCACCACCCCCUGUUACUUUUUGUUUUCCUGUAGUUUUUGGUUUCGCCUCUUUCGAUUCUUCUACUGUCUGGUAGCUAGCUCUCUUUCCGUUUCUAUUUCUCACCCACUCUCUCUUUAAACGCUUUCAUUGAAAUGGUUGUUUUGUACAGUGCAACUUGGCUAAAGCGAACUUUUGGUAGCUGUAUUUAAUAACUAGGAAAAAUUCUACUACAAAAUAAAUAUACAUAUAUAUUUCUACUUUAUUUUCUUUUCUCUUAUUUCAUUCUCUGUUAUUUUCUAAAUACAUAAUAAAUUCCUCUCUAUUUUCUGAUUGAACAAAAUCUUUGGUUGUUAAGUUUGUGUUUUUCAAGUUCGUUGCUUGGGAAGUUGCACUGUCAUAGUUCGAUUGCCAUUAUAGUAGCUGUUGUUGUUUUUUGUGUCA